UGGUCAACAUCGAAAUUUUGCAUAAAAUGCAAGAUCAUGUCCCUCGAGUCAUCAGUGAAUAUUAUCAGUUUAACGAAUAAGAUCCAUUCGCGUAACGGCAUAAGCCUGCGUCCAAUAAUGCACCAAUAUGCCCAUUGCCAGUCGGUGGAACAGAGACAGAGAUACGAGAAAAAGAGAAGUUGGCAGUAAGUUGGCAUAAAAACUCACGAGAGAGUGGUGUUCAUAUUUAAAUAAUUAGAGAAAUAAAUAUUUAAUGAUAUCAGGAGGGUGGAAAGUGUAAAGCAACAUGUCGAGCCGGCUAUGCGGUACAAGGAAUAGGACAAAGCUUAGGCGCCAUGCUGUCUGAGUACAGCGUUCGAUAAACUACUAAAUACAUAACGUGCUAACGCGCUAAGCCUCACUUCAACGCUUUAUUUCUCUUCAUGUCGAACUAUGCCAACCCGUCGCUAGGACCAAUUAAGAUAAAAACUAUGUCAGAGGUAUAGCAGCCUUCGAUAUGGAUCGGCCUAAAUGUACGUAGAUGCCUACACCGAGGAGACCCUGCCAUUACCUUUUAUUCGUUUGAUCGGAAAAUGUAACCCUGCCCUAACCUACAACCGUUCGGCGAGCGAUAUCAAAGUAAAUUCAGUAGCGGCAUAAAACUUUAUAGUUCUCUCACGGAGCACCUGCCACUCAGGUAACCUAGUUGAAAACCCGUGUGGCGCCAUGACACACUCCUGUAAUAGCAUCGGGGAUCACUGAAAACCAUGUACGUUCGAAUUCGCGAUGUUCUUUCAACGAACCACAAAGUUCCUUGGUGGCUUGUCUACGUUUUAUAAAACUUAUGAGAUUCGCAGGGAAUUACAAUCAUAGCGGUAGAACGAGACUGGAGAGCAAAGAUGUCCCAGUUAUCGAGGCAUCAAUGGAACGGUGAUCCAGUCAGACGUCACAGGGAGGAUGUAGAAGGGAUGCAGGAGUCAAGUCUCAUGGGGCGAGUUGAAGGAGACAGGACGAGGGGGAUGCAAGGGACACGAGUAGCGAAAAGUAUCAUGGAGCUUGCGCCCUGACGCAAAAUUCUUGAAAGUGGCAAGUGUCGUCAGGUUGCUGCAUUAACGAGGAAUUUCGAAAGGUGGUUCCGCGACCUGGCAAAGGGACUCGACCCCGUCGAUUCUGCCGAAGCCCAGAGGGACUUUACAGAGGGUGGCAAGAAGGCACGGCAUCGUGGCAUACAAGGGGCACCAGCGUACCAGGGUGUCUGCGUCGUCGGUUGAGAUAGGGCGACAUAGCCUGACGUCACUGCGGCAUAGAGCAACUCUCGAAUUCUUCUGCGCAAGCUCGUCGAAUCGAUCGUUGCGCGUGAAAGCUCCGGCGCAUUCGCGAGGAGGCGUGAUCGCGCGCGGGUGGACUCGUCCUGCGGUAAAAAUCAAACUAAAUUUGUCGAGAGUGUCCGAGGAACGAGUGAACGGGGAUGUAAAGGCUCGGGGAUAGCCUUUGGUCUUCCUCGUUAACCAGGUGCGAUAACAAGGGCCGCCGAUAAGACGGUACCAUGCCGAAACAGGUGCCCGUCGAGGAUCUCGUGAUACCGCCCCAGGACGGUCGCAUAUGUGGGACAAUAUGCAUCUGCCAGAUGACAGCCGUCCUCUCCUCCGUCGCUCUGGUCUACCUGACCGUCGCCAUCUACAUGCCGAGCACCAGGGCGUUCCAGUCUGGCAUCAGCGAGGUCCCCGUGAUGUGCACGACCACCAGAGCCAUCAACAAGGACACCUGCGACUGGGGCAGCUGCGGCGAGUGGUGUCUCUCGAAGACCUCCGGUGCCUGCAUUCAGAUCUACGUCAACCUGCGUAGAAACGGAUCGACGAUACUCCUCGCGAAUUGCACCAACACGGCGAACAAGACCUGCUACGGCAUAGACCAGGAGAACGCGAAGAAGUCGCGCUGCAUCGCGGACGAGUGUCGUAACCUGACGGGGACCUUCAACUGCACGAUGGGUAUGUGUAUCAAUAUAACGGACGCCUUCGAGUGCAUGUUCAAGGACACGGACCCUCCACUCAAGUGCUCCGGUCGUCGCGGCAAGAUCACGUGCAUAGACGUCGACGGCCUCUUCAACUGCAACAGGGGCACCUGCGAGAAGAUACGGACUCCGUACAACUGCGAUCGCAGGUGCGUCGACAUACCGACGCGGAACAAGAACAUGAUACUCAUGAGCGGCGACAAGGUGUACCUGAGCCAGUGCGAGAGGGCCAUAGACGUCGAGACCGGAAGAGAGAUAUGGAACGAGGACCGGGGCGACGUGAUGAUGGCCUCCUGCUACGGGAUAUACAACACGUCCCUGGGCGUCGAGGCGGUCGACUGCAUCAACGGCUCCGUUCUCGAGAAGGACAUGCUGACCGAUCUAACCAAUUUCACCUAUCUUUCCUAUCUGAACAUAUUUGCCACCAAGCCUCUCGACGAGACCAGGAUGAUCGCGCCGCCCGAGCAGGAUCUCUUGAUCGCCAACGACAGCAAGCUCCUGAUCAAUCUCGAAGGUUGCGUCAAUACGCUUCGGGACGAGUGCAAAGAGUUCUUACGCGAAUAUGGAAAAGACGGGACCGAUCAUAACGCGAGAGCAAGAUUCCCGUGCUACUACGCGGAAGGGAACACGGGAGUGGUCGUGUCCCGAUUCGAUCUUGACACAACCUACAAGGAAUUCCUAAUCGCCUUUAUACUGCCAAGCAUUCUCUUCAUCAUCAGCUGUCUCACCCUGAUUCUCUGUCAGCGCACUGUGGUCGUCGGCGACGACGCCAAAAUGAGAUUCAAAGGUUCACCCGGGGCUUUGACGUCGAUCGAGAAAAGCGCCUCUGGUAACUUAGGGGACGCCGGAGGGGGAGAUUCUGUUAUGGCGCUCUGAGAUCCGUCACGCAUUCCCCUCCUGGAGGAGAGUCCGGCUCGUCAGUCGAUAUUCUCCCUACGUGGGCACUACUGAGCUCCGGGGGAGGGGGGGGGAGGGGAACGCGUGAUUAAAAUUCUUAUUGUUACACUUCUACAGAUAAAAGAG